AUGCCUCUGGCGGUCGCCGACGUGGCCGCCGCGGGCCUGCCAGCCACGAGCAGGAGCCCGGAAGACCCAGCCAGCAAGCCGGCCGAUGUCAAGGACGACAGCGAUGGUCGAUCGCGCGAAACCGCCGUGCCAGCGGCGUGCUUGGCCUGCCGGAGCAAACAUCUCAAGUGCGAUGGCCAGACGCCGUGCUCUCGCUGCAUCGGCUCCAACUUCGAAUGCAUCUACGUAGCGUCUCGACGCGGCUACAAGGGCCCUCGCCGCGGCACCGCGCAGAACCCAAACAAACGCCAUGCCACGUCUCCUCCGGACACGGACUCCAUCAGCCUGCCCCCCUCGGAGUGUCCCAUGCUGCUGGGCGCCGGCGUCUCCAGCGGCAUGCAGGUGCCCACUUCCCCGGCGACGACGCCCUUCCAGACCACCACCCCUGCCGCCACGCAGGCACAGCUGUACCGGUCGUAUUGCAGCAUCAACGGCAUUGAGCCCGCCAGUCUGGUGACGGGUGCCCACCUCCCCUUCCCCACUCACUUUCCCAUGCAGACGCUCCACGAGCGAUGUGUCGACUCCUUCUACCGCUACUUUCAUGGAUCACACCCCUUUGUGCUCCCCAAGGAGCAUCUGCUUCGCUUCGCCAGCGAGAACCCCAUUGACCCACUCAUGGCCGUCAUCCGAUGGGUUGGAUCGCUCUUUAUCGAUGUCGGCAAGGCGCGCCCGAGCCUGUACGAUGACGCCAUGCGCCUCCUCGACGACCUGACCCAGCCGCAGGACGGCUUCAAGGUCCAGGCCAUGAUGCUGGCCAUUGUUGCGCUGGAUGGCUCUUGUCAAAACGACAAGGCCGCCGAGCUGCUGGGCCGGACCGAGACGCUGGCCCUCCAGAUCGGCCUCAACAAGUCGCAUUUCGCAACUCUCAACGGACGAGGGAACCCGGUGUUGGAGGAGAGCUGGCGGCGAACGUGGUGGGAUCUCUUCAUCAUCGACGGCAUGAUUGCCGGCGUCCACCGAAUGACCAACUUCAUGCUUUACGAUGUGCCUGCCGACGUCAGCCUGCCCUGUGAGGAGCACCAGUAUUUGUCCGGGCACAUACCGCCGCCCAUGACAUUGGAAGAGUUGGAGGACCGAGACUUUUCUGGUGAUGAACGCCGGUUCUCCUCCUUUGCGUAUCGCAUCCUGUGUGGCCGCAAUCUGGGAAGAUUCAUGAGAACUCCCCCGAUAUACGGCCCAGAGGACGAAAACCUUGGGCGGAUUGAGAAUCUGCUCACCAACUGGCGGCUCCACUUGCCAGAGGACAAGAAGGACUCGCUGCAGGCCAACGGUCAACUCGACGAGAUGAUGUUCCAGGCGCACAUGAUGAUGUAUGCCACGUCCAUCCUCCUUCAUCAGCCUCACUCUCAGCUCGACUCGUCGCCCGCUCAGAAAGUCACCUCUUGUGCGCCGUACCAGCUGGUCCCGGCCGGAGACCUCUUCAACAAGCACACAAAGCACACGAUUACCUCGGCAAACGGAAUCAGCAAGCUCAUCACACACCGAGUCCCGUUGCUCUCUCACACCCACUUCUUCACCUGCGUCAUCACCCUCUCCUCCAUUGUGCAUCUCAACAAGUGGGCCCUCUUCUUCAUUCAGCACGACGACGACGACCUGAGACAGCAGAUUCGGCUCAACAUUGGCGCCCUCAACGAGCUGUCCAGCGUCUGGGGUGCCGCAGACCGGGCACGGGGGCAGGUCAAGGGGGUGGCCCAGGAAAUUUAUCACAUCAAGAAGGAGCAGCAAAAGAACCCGCAAUACUGGCUCGGCUUCACCCAAGAGGACGUCAUUAACAGCAUGGCCGCCGACGAGUCCAUCAUUGCCAACUUUGACAGCAUGUCGCCGUCCAACUUGAUGGGGUAG